AUGGUUGUUUCCUUCCAAAUGAAAGAUCUCCGUCAGGUGAUUGUAUUGUCAAAAGCAGAAUGGGAAAGGAUUCAGGGCAACCUUGGCAGCACUAGAGAAGCAGCACACAUCCUUGCUGAGCAGAAAGAACAGGGAGAAAUGCAGUUAGGCUCCAAAGCUGCUGAAAAAGACUCACCCAAUGCCACUCUGAGCAUGGUACAAGAGAAACUUAGAGCCAAAAAGCUACGUGAAGAAAGGGAAGAGGAAAAAAGAAAGUUACUUGAUUUGGAAGAAGAGCAGUUCCAAGCAGCAAAACGGAAGGAGGCUAUUGAUCGUGCAAAAACCUACCUAUUCUACCAGAACGAAAGCGUGAAACAGCUGCAUAGUGCACUUGUGCUUACUGAGGUCCUAAAAGAAAGAGAUGCUCAAGUUGAAUUUAAAAAGUUAAAGUCGGUUGUUACGAAAAAGAAGGAGGAAGAAGAGGAACGUGAACUUAAAGAAUACACUCUUAGAGAGCAGAAAAAGGCACAUCAAGAUUAUUUGAAUCAACAGGCACUACGCAAGUAUCAGCUGGAACAAAUAAAGGAGCACAAGCAUCAGGCAGAUCUGGCUAAACUAGAAACCAAAAGAGAAGGGGAAGAAAUGCAGAGAUUGAACCAGUUGUACCAACUAGAAACUCAGAGAAAAAUGGAAAAGGAACAAGAGGAGAAACGUGAAUGCUGGAGGCAGUACCAUGAGUAUGUAACUGACCAGAAAAUAAUCAAAGCAAUAGAGGAACAAAAACAAAUGGAAGAAGAUGAUCGGAUCAAAGCUCAUUUUAAAGCACAGGAAACUAUUGCCAAGAUGGUGAAAAAGAAAGAAGCUGAAAUGCGUAGACUAACACAGGAACGUCAGGACAAAAUUGUUAGUCGAUUAGCUGCACAAAUGAGUGAGACAUUAAGGAGGGAAGAUGAUCGAAUUGCUAGAGAUAUUGCAAAAGUACAAGCUGAAGAAGAUAAAAAGCUCAAAGAGAAAGAAGCAAAAGUCAAGGCUGCCAUUGAAUCUAUUGCUGAACACAGAGCUACUGUGAUGAAGAUGAAAGCAGAAAAGGAGAGAGAGGAAAAAGAAGAGUGUGUAAAACAACUUCAUAUGUUAAUGGAAAAUGACCGCAUGUACCAGGAAAUGGAAAAAGCCAAGAAACACAGACAACAUGGCGCAAGCAUGGAAGUACAGAAAGUCCAGAUGCAGCAAAUGGCUGAAAAGCAGGCAAAACAACAGCAGAAAAAGCAAGCAGACUUGGACUACCAUACUCAGAGAGAGGCUAUUGCACUUUCUAAAGAGCGUGAAUUUCAGAGCUAUGCAAAACAAGUAAUUGAAUCCGAGUCCAAGACUACACAUCAUCUUUAUCCUCUUCUCAAAGCACUCAGAGAUGGAAGAGGACUUAGACAUGGGCCAUUUUACUGA